CAAGCAGUUGGCGUGGGGAGAGGGAGCCGCCGUCCCCGACCCGCACACACACGUCCCCGCGCCCCCAUGGAGCUCUUCGAGACCAACCCUUAUUUUUUCCCGGACCAGCGUUUUUACGACGGGGAAAAUUUCCUGGGCUCCCGCUUGCAGGGCUACGAGGCGGCGGCGUUCCCCGAGCGGCCUGAGGUGGCCCUCUGCCCCGAUGGCAGGGUGGCUUUGGAGGAGAAGGACUCGUCCCUGUCCGAGCACUGUCCUGGGCAGUGCCUGCCCUGGGCCUGCAAGGUUUGCAAGAGGAAGACGGUCUCCAUCGACCGGCGACGGGCAGCCACCCUGCGGGAGAAGCGCCGGCUGAAGAAGGUGAACGAGGCCUUCGAGGCGCUGAAGCGCAGCACCCUGCUGAACCCCAACCAGCGCCUGCCCAAGGUGGAGAUCCUGCGCAGCGCCAUCCAGUACAUCGAGCGCCUGCAGAGCUUGCUCAGCUCCCUCAACCAGCAGGAGAGGGAGCAGAGGGACCUGCGCUUCCGACCCACCGCCCCCCAGACCGGGGCGACCAGUGAGUGCGGGUCCGGCAGCUCGUCCUGCAGCCCCGAGUGGAGCAACCAGCUGGAGUUUGGCACCAACCCUGCGGAUCACCUCCUGGCUGACGACACGGCCGAGGACCGCAACCUCCACUCGCUCUCCUCCAUCGUGGAGAGCAUCGCUGUGGAGGACGUGGCGGUGACGUUCCAGGAGGAGCGGGUCCAAAACUGAGCCGGCACCAACCCCAGCGGCUCUUGGAGCUGGUAACGGGGUGGGAAUGAGACGCCGGAAGGGUCCAGCCGCUGGAAACCAUAUUUACCCCUCCGGCGCCGUGGGCCGCAGCGCUGGAACCACUCGCCUCCUUCCCCACCCCUGGCGAAACGCUCCCCCUGAAAAGAAGUGAUGGGGAGAGGUGGGAUUUCGGCAGCGCCGCGGCCCCAGGCUGGGGGUGGCCCCGCUUCCCGCGGGGGUGGCCGCCCGGCCUCGGGCUCUGCUCCGCUCCCCAUCCAGGGGCCAUCGGUUUUUGGGGGCCAAUGUGUGUGCUGGGGUCGCUUGCUCAUUGUUUGUUUUAUUUUUUCCAAGAUGCUCUUCGACCAAUGUCUCUCUCUGGCCGGUGCCCCACGGGUGCUGAGCCCCGCAGGGGCCGCCCGCGCCGACUUUUUUACUGAACGCUGUGUGGAAUUGCCAUUUGGUUUCUUUUUUAUUAUUAUUUUUGCUAACUUAUUUGGAUGAUUUUUUUUUUUUUUUAA